CAGUCUUCAUAGACACAAAUUCGAUAGUCUUGAAACGACUACAGUAAAAAAAUGAGAAUGUUUUUCUCUGUUUUAAUCUUAGAGAACUAGAGUGAAUUCUACAAUAAAUUAAGUAUUGUAAUGCUUUAAAAAGUGACUGAGGAAUCUACACUGGACAGGAACCAAAAAGAUUCAAAAUCGAAAUUUUCCAUCAACGCUAUUUUUGUUGCAAUUUGACAUUUCCCAGUUCUGACUUCCAUCUCAAUUUGAUCUAAGCAAUUUGUCACAACUCACAACACAAAAUGUGAAUUAGUUACUUGCAGUGAAGGUCGCGCUAGGAGUAUUGCUGUUGGCUGUUGCCAAUUACGUUUUUUCCGUACCAAAUCGGUAAUAGUUGCGUCCGAGCGCGGAGCGGCCGUGAUUUACGUAACGACCUUCUGUCACGAGUUUCCGCACGUAUCUUGGGCGAAACUGAGAGCGCACUAUCUUAUCAGUAUCUAGUGUUUAUAACGGAACAGCUGGACUAGCAUCGCCAAAAUGUUGUCCGCGAUAUGUACGAGAACUGCUCACAGCGCGCGCUCGCUCGAGCGCUACGCCUCGAGCGUGGUCGAGCUGCCGAAAUUCCAAGACUUCGGCGUUCAGAAUGAACCCGUGCUGGGUUAUCGCGCCGGCAGCCAGGAGCGGAACGCGCUCGUCAGCGAGCUGAAGCGCACCGCCGCCGUCACUGAGGAGGUUCCCAUCGUGAUCGGAGACGAAACCAUCAAAGAGGGAGAGCCGAAAUUCCAAGUCAUGCCGCACGACCACGGCCGUAAGAUCGCCAAAUACUAUUACGCGAGCGAGAAAACGAUUCAGAAAGCUAUCCAAGUGUCUGCCGAAGCGCAGAAGCGAUGGGACCGCACGCCACUGGACAAACGGGUGGAGAUUUGGCAACGCGCUGCGGAUCUGAUGGCGGGAGAGCACCGCCAGCGCCUCAACGCCGCGACCAUGCUGGGCCAGUCAAAAUCUGUAGUGCAAGCGGAGAUUGACUCUGCCGCUGAACUUAUAGAUUUCUUCCGCUUCAAUGUAUUUUUCUUAAAAGAGAAUGCUAAAUAUCAGCCUAUCUCUGAAGACCCCUCUGUGACUCGCAACUCUCUCCGGUUCAGAGGUAUGGAUGGAUUUAUUGCUGCUAUAAGUCCCUUCAAUUUUACUGCGAUUGGAGGUAACCUUGCGUACACUCCAGCACUCAUGGGAAAUGGUGUGUUGUGGAAGCCAUCCGAUACUGCCCUUCUUUCUAAUUGGCGCAUUUUCAACAUAAUGCGAGAAGCUGGUCUUCCAUCAGGAAUUGUCAACUUCGUGCCAGCAGAUGGUCCCACCUUCGGCCGCACGAUCACCGCCUCACCGCAUCUGGCCGGAAUCAACUUCACUGGAUCGGUCCCAACAUUCAACUGGUUGUGGCAUGAGGUUGGAAAGAACUUAAACUUGUACCGCAACUAUCCCCGGCUGAUCGGCGAAUGUGGAGGCAAAAAUUAUCAUUUCGUUCACCCGACUGCUGACAUACAAUCUGUUGUGAAUGGUACAAUCAGAUCAGCAUUCGAAUUUUGCGGACAAAAGUGCUCAGCUUGCUCAAGAAUGUAUAUUCCAAAGUCUCUCUAUGAACCCAUUAAAGAAGGUUUGCUUGAGGAGAGAGCUAAACUAAAAAUAGGAGAUCCCACUGAUUUCAAAGUGUUCACGGGUGCAGUUAUUGAUGACGAGGCAUUCGCGAGAAUAACAGGAUAUAUAAAGAAUGCUAAGAAUAACCCCAAGAACAAGAUCCUCGGAGGAGGAGAGUUUGACGACAGCAAGGGUUACUUCGUGCAACCCACUAUCAUAGAAACCAGCGAUCCUCACGACAAGUUGAUGACUGAAGAAAUCUUUGGUCCCGUGCUGACAGUUUAUGUGUAUGAUGACAAAGAUGUGAUGAAAGCCCUUGCCCUCGUUGGAAGCUCAACAAAGUUCGCUUUAACUGGAGCUGUGUUCGCUAAGGAUCAAAGCUUUUUAGAGAAGGCCUUUGAAGAAUUGAAAAUGACAGCUGGUAAUUUCUAUAUCAAUGACAAAUCGACAGGCUCAGUGGUUGGACAACAGCCGUUCGGUGGCGGCCGGAUGUCCGGCACGAACGACAAGGCGGGUGGCCCUAACUACGUCAUGAGGUGGACGACUCCACAAUCCAUCAAGGAGACCUUUGUCCCUCUCAAGGAUAUUGACUACCCGUACAUGAGGGAUUAAGCAGAGAUGAGAUAAUAUCCAAUUAAAUGUAACAGUACAAUAAUGAUCUAUCAAUAACUAUCAUAGUUAUAGUAUUAUGCUUGUUUUUAAAGGUACUAUUCUAGUGAACUAGUAUUUAACUGUCAAUGUAUUCAAGAAAAGAAAGUAUUUAUUUAUUCUCAGCACUACUAUACAGUAGUAGUAACGAAAGAGUGAUUUGUAUAUUGUGUUUAUUUAUUGUAAAAGGUCAUUGAUGAAGUACAGCAGUACAAUAAUAAGUGAUGCAAUAAUAUUAGAGGUUAUAUGAAAUGUUACCUGCGCUAGGUGUAGCUCCCGCUUUGGGAAAAUCCGCUUCUCGAUGUGAUAAAUUAAUUAAUUACGAUAAUAAAUAUAAAAAUAUGUGUACUCGCUCGUCCCUCAGUCACAACUGCUCUUAUCUAAUUAUUUUAUUUGCUCCCUUAUCAUUUUAAACUAAUUAUUUGAACUAUCUGCCUCCGCUCUCUCGAGAUAAUGCAUUUAUGCUCUUCAACUAUAACAAAGUAGAUUAAGUUUUGUUUCUUAAACAAUUUUCUUCAAAGACCUGAUUUUUCGAAUAAUAUUAGUAAUGUUUGUGUUGUGUAUUUAUAUUUAUAUCUAGUUGUGAUUAAUAUCACUGUUAAUUGAUGCUCGUUAAUAAAUUUAAUUAUUAUUAUGA